UGGGCAGGGCAGGGGAGCCGGCCAACAGGCAGGUGAAGGAGAGCUUGUGGUGGUGAGGUUCGGGGGCUGCUCCUCUCCAAGACAUGACGGACACCAGCACGCAGCAGGAGGAAAUCAGCGUCAGGAGAACAAGUAAAGGAACAUACAGACGCUACCACAACAAGGGGGGCAAACAUUUAAUUGACAGCUCAGAGGCUGACAUAGCAUCUGAGGAGCAUCAAAGAAGUCUACGAAUGCUCGGUGAGUGUGUGGAAAACAGCGAGGGCGAACAUCAUCAUCUACAACAACAACAAAACCAACACCAACUUAAACAUCAGGACACAUCAGCAUGCAGGAAAGCAGCACUGGUCAGGUCAAAGAUGUUUGACGCAUCUCUGCUGACUCCCAUACAAAGUGAGGUGGACACAAAGCUGGAAAGGAAGAAGUCUCACUACACUCAGCUGUCCAAGGGCAACUGUCAAUACCAUAAAAUCUUCAAGGAGAUUCGCAAGGAUGAGCAACUCAGACAAAGUUACACGUGUGCUCUGCAGAAGGACAUUUUGUACCAGGGCCGCAUGUUUGUCUCCGACCACUGGAUCUGUUUCCACUCCAAGGUCUUUGGAAAAGACACCAAGAUCGCCAUCCCGGUAGUCUCCGUCACCCAUGUCAAGAAAACCAAGACGGCCCUCUUGGUGCCCAACGCUGUGGUGAUCGCUACAGCAAAUGACAGAUAUGUCUUUGUGUCCUUCCUGGCCCGGGACAAUACCUACAAGUUCCUCAUGUCCGUCUGUCUUCACUUGGAGGAGAAGAGUCCAUGCAACAGCCCCUUUCUGUCUUCAUCCCAAAUCAACUUCCGAGGUCGGACAUCACCUCACUCGCCACGUUUUCCUUUGAGUUUCCACGCCGACUUUGCUGACCUGGAUGAAACGUUACGGAAGAGUAGGCAAGACACAGAGGAAAGCAGCACUUCUGAUUCCCAGACACCGGACGAUGACAAGAUGGCAGUUCCUCCCUUGCUGGACACGUUGAAGUGCAGUGACGUCUCUCCACAUCCUGACCAUCAACACCAACUGAAGAAUACUCUUCAUUUCAAACAUCCCCAAAAUUCCAAGCUUCCCAAGCAGGAAAGCAAGCAGCACGGUUUCGAAGUGAAGCAAGAGGACACCGGAAGUGGACAAACUCUUUCGCUCAACACUCUGCUGUGUGCUUACCUCUUUCUAGUGUGCGUCUUAGUGUUGUCAUCAUGCUUCCUGACCAUGAAGAUGUUUUCCUUGGAGCAUCGACUGGCGACGCUCGGCUCCAUCGCAGACUUGGCUCAGCCAGAGUGCAGAAGAAUCUUCAAAGACUUUUGGACGAAGCCGUCUGAAGAAGUUUUAACCCUACAAAUAUUUGUUCUAUAUAUAUAUAUAUAUAUAUAUAUAGAGAGAGAGAGAGAGAGAGAGAGAGAGAGAGAGAGAGAUACCUUUUUAUUAAAAUAACAACCUUAGAAUUUGGAAUUAGGGAGUUGUGUUGUCAUUUGUUUAUUGAAUAGAACAAAGAUGUUAAUUUAACCUAUGGCUAGCAAAGUCUGAGAAACCGGUAAUUUAACAGCGGCAUCUUAAACUGUUAACUGUUUAUAUAAUUUAUGUUUUAAAAUUUGGGGAAAAAAAUCUAUAU